AUGUUUCCAUACGACAUUUGACAUUUCCGAUCGACGCCGCUUCAUUCUGUGUCAUUCCGAGUCGAGUGAUCGCGCGCGUCCAGUCUAUUCGUUCGUUUCGACCGUUCCGAUGGACUCUUGGUGGUGGCUGCUGCGUUGGUGCGCGGGCGACAUGAUGUGGUACGUGGGCGUAGCCAUGGUCGUCCGCCGGUGCCUGGUCCCGUGGGCCCUGUGGCUGGGACGUCGGGUCACGUGCUGGUGCCGGUACGCGCUGCCAUACAGCCGGCCACUACAGUCGUGGACGCCCACAUGCCCGUGCUGCGACGGCGUGAAUUUCGACGGCAUGGAAGGUCGCUGGGCCGUUGUGACGGGUUGCACAGACGGUAUCGGCAAGGAGUACGCACUUCAGUUGGCCGACCGACGGAUCAACGUGGCGCUCGUCAGUAGAAACUUGGAUAAGCUUCGGGCUGUGGCUCAUGAGAUACGCGAACGGCACGCGGGCGCCGUCCGCACACUAGUGGUGGCCGCGGACUUCACGUCUUCCGGUGGCACCGUCCCGCUGGACCGCACCUACGACGCGGUUCGCCGCGCACUGGACGGCCUGGACGUCGCGCUGCUGGUCAACAACGCCGGGCUGUCGUACGCGCGACCCGAACGGCUGCUCGACCUGCCGUCGUGCUGUUCCGGCACACCCACCUGCGGCGGUGUCGGCGACCCGUGCCGCGACGUGAUCGAGUGCAACGUGCUGGCCGCCGUGGCUAUGUGCCGCAUAGCAAUGCCGCUGAUGGACACCGACGCCGCGGACGGCCAACGGGACCGCGACCGCCCGGAUGUGGACGACGAACUGAAACCGUCGAAUCGAGGCCGUGGCGGCGUCGUCAUCAACGUGUCGUCCAUUUCGGCUCAUCUGCCGUGCCCGCUGCUAACCGUGUACGGAGCUACCAAGGCGUUCGUGGAGAAGUUUUCGAUCGAACUGGCGGCCGAGUACGACGGCGGAGCGGACGGGAAGCACGGGACGGCGCGGAGCCCGCGGAUCGCGGUCCGGUGCCUGGCACCCGGGUACGUGGCCACCAAAAUGAGCGGGAUCCGGCCCGGGACCACGGGCAACGUCGGGUGGACGCCGGUGCCGGGGCCGGCCACGUACGCGCGCCACUCGCUCCGAUCGCUGGGCUGCCAUUGCGGGUGCGGGCGGAUUGCGCGCCGCGGCCACGGGAUCGGCCACCGCAGGGACGAGACCGGGUGGCUGGCGAACGCGGCCGCCGCGGUGUUGGACUCACCGUCGUCGCCGUUCUCGAUCGGGCGCCCGGGCAUCGGCACCACCGGUUACACGGCGCACACGCUCACGGUGAUGGCGAUGAACGUGGCAAGAUGGGCUGUGGGUGACGCGUACGUGUCCAGAGCUGUGUGCCGCAUGAUGUGCCGAAACCGGGACCGGAUGGCGCGAAGGCAUGCAAAAGCGGCCAAGGACGCCGUGAGAGCCGUGCCGGAGCAACGGGAUCGAUGACGUCUCGAAAUUCCAACGGGUCCGGAGACUUCAGCGACACCAUCGGACACCAUCAGGGCGAUUAUCGGGGGCGUACCGACAUCCCGAUCGGAAAAUGUGCGCGAAAACCCAAAGAGUGUCGAUUAUUGUUCGGAAAAUUAUUGUCUUUACGUAGGUGCCAAAACUAAUUUGCAAUCACUUGGGAUUGGGUGUUUGAAAUAAAAUAAUUGUUUUUUCAUA